CAAAACUCAAACUGCGUUAUUUUUUAAUUAGCGUCAGUCUAUCAUAAAUGCAGCAUAGAUAUUAUAUAGAUAUAUUUUAAUCUUCGGACUUACUAUCUCGAUAUAAUCAAAUUUGUUUCACCAUGACAAUGGACUUUGGAGGGGUUUUAUAUUGAUGCUGAUACGUUUCUAAAAUUAGAGAAGUUCAUUGAUCAAAGUAAAUGAAUGUUUUCAAUUUUACGCUCGUAAAUGUGUUAGCAUUGCAUCACACAGCUGAAGCCCAGCACGAACCAGGCAUAUCUAUUCCAUGACUCACAUGUCGUCCUCUCUUUCAGUAAGCAUUGAAUCAUCAUGAAAACCACUGUUCCGCCAAGCAGUGCUAUGGAACCCGAGCACGCAACUUCCACGUGUGGCCUUCGACCCAUGCGCCAACCUCUCACCAGGCGGCAGCAUCGCUCCCGCGCGAACGUCAGAUAAACCGGAUGGAAUGGAUACGAACGAUGUCGUGGCGCUCAGAUACGAAUAGCGCGGCUGCUGCCGCUAAUGCUGCUGCGAGAGUGGUACGGCUGAUGGUGGUGGCAAACGUUAGGCGCAAUAGCGCAGCGGUAAGUGGCCAACGGUUCCCUCUCCGUUGCAGGCGCGCGGUCUGUCGCUUCGCUCGCCAGCAAACGCCGUUGGCAGCGAACGCCGUUCUGCCGCUCUGUCGUAGGAGUAACAGUAGUAGUGGUGGUCAUAGUAGUUGUUGUUCUCAGACCAGCUGUGUCCUACCUGCCCAAUCGCCAGAGUAAGUGGUCUGGCGCUUGGUCAAUUGGUUUUGUGUUGUUGGCCUACUCUGCUGUGUACCGGCCGUCGUUCAUUUCUACAUGUGUGCGAAUCAUGUUUCUGUGGGUGAAACGGAAAGAAAGUCGAUCUUAUUGAGAGGCAAAGUAAGAAGCUUAGAAGGCAUUUUGUGUAUCUCCUGAAAUCCUCCCGUGGUGCUGUUGUUGCAAAGAGAAAAGCAAAAAGAAAAAAAGUGUGCCUUGCUACCUUUUGGAUUUUACGUGCGAUGUUGUUUUAAAAAGUCUGCCCUCGUUGGCUUCCAUCUUGAGCAAAGGUAACGGUUAAGCGACUACUGAAUUAUUCACGUCUGUUGCCGAAGGGGGCUUACUGGGGAUCUCCAACGGCAACGGACAACCCCGUGCAAAAAAGCUGGACACCAAAUAUAAAAAGUAGGCUACACAUACGUAAGCGAAGGCAAAGGACGCGCCACGGCGCGAUGGCGCCGGACAUGGGUCUCGGAGUGGCGUCUUCGCGCUAUCAGCGCGUGCUUCUCCUCAAAAACUGUCUGGCUAUUAUUUGCCGUGAUCGGCGCAAGCUUUCACAGCAGGCCAAAUCAAAGGACGCCCAUGUCGACGGCUGGACGCUGUUUAAAAGUUUCGUACGCGAAAACUCGCAGUGCUUUUGGAACCAAUGCCUUGUACAGUGUGUGCAGUCACUGGAGUACCGCGGAUACAUCGUACCUACCACAAUACUCGUGUCGGGCGGGGAAUACUCCUUAGACGUCGUCCGUUCAGCGUGGGCCCGACGUGCCCUUCGGCCGCCUGUUGGAUAUGACAUACUCCGUUUAGGUGACAUUACCGAAGCGGAGAUGGUUCGUGUUCUUCAGACUCAAUUCGCUCCUUUAGCAGAAGCCCUCUGCAAGGCCGUCUUUGAUCUGUCGCAGAGGGGUGACCCUGCCACACUUGACUCACUUACCCUCGAACUUUUGCGUGCAUACCCCGGAAUGGAGAAACCUGCCAGCGAUAUAAUUUACAAGACACUAGGAACUCUUAUUCGAGAACGACGGCUAUACCACACCGGAGGCGGGUACGCUGUGGCAGAACCUGAACUGUUUCUGCGAGGGACUCCGACGCUAAAAAGGGCAAGUCUUCUCACGAACGGCGUAGAUGCUUCCAAGCAGUGGAGUAGCCAGAGAGUGCUGAACUCGUCGAGUGGCGAGUCGCGGCAGAGUACGCUGGAGCGCUCCGCAUCGAUGAGACUCCUUCGUGAGAGGGACCGCGACAAGGGACCUCUCUGUCGAAGUGCAUCCGUUCGGCUCUACAAUCGCAGCAAAAGCUCCCUAAAUGACCACGCAGACAAUAGCAGGGACAUUCAUAGGCAACAGGCAGCACAACAUACGCCACAGCUAGCUAAACGGGACAGCCCAAAGCGUUCGUCGAUGUUCUCUCGUUUCUUUCGCAAGAAAGAGAAGAGCUCGCCGGAAAUUGUCGUUGUCCAUACGACGACAGCGUCGACAGGUAGACGCGAUGCGACCAAAGACGGUCGCUCGGAGCCUCAUACAACACAGCUGGCUUCAACAGGCAGCACAAAUCAACACCACCAUCAACAUCUUCACCAUCAGACUGUUGCAACCUCUUCAUCGACAUCGACGACUGGCGCCUCAGCAACAGAUGCGGGUCCUGCCGGUGCGAGUUCGACAUCUCCAAAAACUCGGCUCUCGUUUGCCGCUCAAUUUCCGCCAGUCGACUGGAAGGAUCCCGAUUAUGUGAACUUCCAUUCGAGAAGCACACAGACCUCGGUUAACCGCGAACAACAGACCACAGGCAGCCUGAUAAACGGUGUUAAUAAUACGCAACAACAUGAGAGCUUACGUCAUGGUAUUGGCCAGGCCGACGGAGAUCGCCAGCGUGCUCCCCAUUCAAAUGCGGGUAGCUACCAUCACCAUCACGCACAGCAUCCAAGUCAGCAGCAACAACUCGUGGCCACCGCGCAGCUGCACGACAGCCACAAUUCUAACAACAAUCAACAGUUACAGCCUAUCAGGCAAGAGAUCCCGUCACGUGCUUUGAGUCUUGCUCGUCACUGUCACACAAUUCGACAGAGUUCGUGCUGCAGCGAUGCCACGCCGGAGGAUAGUGGAGCUGAAUUAUCUUCCAGAAGGCGGACAUCUUCCAGAUCGAAUUCAAGGUCGACUCGCCAUCGGCGACAUUGCUCCGUGUCAGACGAGGUUUGCUGUCGGCACAGGAGUUCAUCACCUCCUCGCCGAAAGUCACAGACUCCACGUCGUUUGCCGCCCACUUUACCGGGCGACGUGUCGCCCUUGCAAUUGCGUAAGACGCACCCGCGGUAUCUGCCCGCGCCGCCAAAUGCUUGCAAGAUCCCCACGCUGCCACCUUAUCCUACUAGCGGACUAUACAGAUUGAACCGGCCUCCGCUCUUCCCACCGGCACCACCCCCAAAUACAGAUCUGUUCCGACAGACGGAACGCUUCCGGCAGCACAGCAGUAUCUUGUUCCAUAGCACUGACGAGGACUCACCACAGCUUCCGCGGAAGGCUGUGAUUUCAACAGAAAAGGAAAUUAAAAGUGUUGGCACAUUGGGAACUCUCAGUGGCCUGAACGACAAUAGUCGAGCUCAGGUCAGUCAGGUCAUCACGACUUCGCCUAAAACUGGUUCUAUCAGGCAUACGACAACAGUGACCAACGAUGCGCUGAGUACCUCGCAGCUCGACCACACCAAUAACAUGCGAAACACGACGCGUUCGCAUCAACUGCCCAGGUAUACGGGCAAUGCGUACCUGCGAUCACUCAACAACAAUAACACUGGCAACGACGCCUCGUUUAACCCGCUGCUGUGUGCCACCACCAAAGAGAAGUGUUCGACAACUACCCGAACUACGACGACGAUCUCAGAGAAGAUCGACAGUUCCGGGAAUUGUACCAUGACCACUAAUACGAAGGGCACUGGAGCUAACGGCGAUGAAACAAACAUUGAUGGCAUAGCUUCUUCUGUACGGAGCGGCCAUACGCAUCUUGGCUAUUCUGGCAACGCUGUGAACGUCUGCGCGCCUGUUGCCGGGGAUUAUAAGUCCAUUGUGGACGUUAAUGUAGUCACCGAUGCAGCAGGCCGUACUGUAACGAAUAUCAAAACGUCAGUAUGCGCUACACCGAAGGGCAGGGAAAGCCCCCAAUUGCCAUCAGCAAAGGUGGAAAAGACAAAACCUGAGCUGAUCAUUCCGGCUGAUGAGAAAGCAACCUCGGAUACAGAUCUGGAUGCGGUAGAUCCGCCUCCUGAGGUUUCGUCUACCCAGGCCACGCGCUUCUUUGAGAAUGCGGCGUCGGCGGCCGUUGUAGCCAGCGCUAAAACCUCGGCAUCAGCUGGCGGCAAUCUCUCCGCUGAUGAUUCGGGCUUCCUCUCGACCUCACCUCAACCGCAGUCGUUUGUGACGACUUCAUCAUAAGUUAUUCUUACGUUACAUCAUCACAUUCAUCGGUCAGGACGGGUAUUUCGAGCGACAGAACAGAUUUACACCAUAGAUACUUGAGGUAUCUCUAGAUCUUAGCUAUAUCCCCCCCCCCCCCGCCACAUGACCACCGUCGCAGUCUAUCUCCUGUCAAUUAUCCUGGCAAAACGCAUAUAUUGAUAGCGUUGCGACAUCCCGAACUCCCCUAUAUUAAGCAUAUGCCUGAGCACGGAAUCGUAAACAUUAGGUACUCGCAGAAAAAAAUGCGCCGCUCGGAUAUCGAGAGUAUGGUGCCUGGCGCAUGUCUGCCCAACUUCAUCGUUCAUCAGCAGUCAUUCCUUUCUUAUUUGCCCCGUUGCCCACACGACACCGUUCUCAAAAAGACAGAUUCACCCAAUAAUAAUAUUAAUAUAUCCUCACCCAAUCUUAUGCAACCUUCACCACCUACAUAUAAUUGCGGGGCACCUGCAGCGCAUUCCGGGACGAAUGCCAGCGGUGCUACCCUUCCCUGCUUCCGUUCAAAGACCCUUACAUAAACCUUUCAUUUGCCCUCGGCGCUUCUUUGUUCAUCACCUAGUUAGGAUCGUGCAUACCUUCUUUACCAAAAUGACCAUCGUGCUCUUCUUACAUGAUUUUUGAGAGCAACUUAGUAGCAACUUUUUCAUGAACCCCGUUCAAGGAACAAUCGAUAAGCUUAUGAGUUCCCAGAGUUGCUCAUGAUUCUCGUUGCUUCGUACUGUAUCAGCGUCUACCCCUUCGCUGCCCUACCUGCCCUACUCUAAGCCCAACCAGAAACUUCGGCUGAACGCGGAUCUUGUGCGUGCCGCAAGGUCUGGCGUUGCUUCGACGAAGACCGCACCGCUCCCGACCACCGUUUUUUACUGAAGGUCCAUGAACUUUUUAAAAUAUGUACGAGAAACUUUUGAAUAGUUGUACCGCUAUGCCAGCGACUCGAGUUUCAGAGAUGGGAUUUUCACCCUUUAAAUCGAAUUUCGAGUUCAAAUGUGCAGACAAGUAACUUCGAACUGUAGUGUGCCAAAGUGCAGAAACAACACGAGAUAAUAACAACCGUUUUAAAAAUGCCAACAACAAGAACAAGCCGAUGCGAAGGAAAAAACGAUAGGAAUUCGAUGAUAACAAACAGAUUUCACAGCGCUUUAUAUACUUAUGACAAGGCACAGAUAGAAAAACCUACGGAAGCCUUUGGGCGCAAGUUACAAAAAUGCAUGGCGAGAUGAUGCACAAAUUCGACUUGGACUCGCCGAAGAGAUGAUCUGCUGUCGCGUCGUGUCAUGAACAGUAAGCGUCUGCCGCGGAAAAUCAGCGUAUCACUUAGGGAGAAAAAUCGUAUCGUUUUUGAUAAAUCCUCGACUGCGUUUAUCUUAAUACACAUAUGAUGUCAACUACCCUCGUACAAUCUUCCUGGGUUGACGGUCGAUACCUAAGCAAUUAAAUAUAAAAAAAAAUACACUCAAACAUAUUCACAUCCACCGAGUACUUUUCAUCUCAUGUACUUUAUAAUAAAAUUACAUUUUGAAUAAAAGAUGCAUAUAAAUAACGCAUGACGACAUGUUUUACCAUCAAUAAAUCACUGUACACGUUA